AUGAAGUUAUUAGAAAUAUUUUUCUUCUCCAUAGCUGUGUUAUGUUUACUACUACCUAUUUUCACCCAACAAAUACCUCAAAAGAAUGCGGUGCCAGCAGCACAACAUCAAAAUGUUAAUCCAGGACAAGAAGGAGCUCAAAUAUUCACCGGUCAUGGUACUAAUCCGAUCUAUGGUGUAAACUUAGUACCAUUCGGACCUGAAGCAGGUGACCAGAAGGUUCAUCCAGGAAUGCUUACUUCUGGACAAACGAUCAAUUUGCAUAUGUUUUUUCCAUUUUAUGGUGGAUUGUAUAAUUAUUCUGUGCUUUCGGUAAAUGGUUAUAUAGCAUUUGCAACUGUUUUGGAUCAAGGCCCAACCAUUAAUGUUGGUGUUGAAUCAACCAAUUGGCCACAGCAACAAGAUCCAGCAAUGAUCGCACCAUAUCUCUGCAAGCAACAAAUUGUACAAAAUCCAAGUCCUGGACUUAAAACUGGUGUUUAUUACCGCCUCAUGUUAAGGCAAUCGUUAUUCGGUCGUGGUAAUAAUGUUAACAUGCCUUAUGGUGGUACUGUGCAACAAUCAGCCUUCUUUGGGCAACCAGCUAGUCAAGCUUGUCCAAGUACAUCGGAUUCUUAUGUGCAUUGUAAUCAAAAUAGUGAUUAUUUUUUGGAUGAAAUGAUGCGAUGGCUUCAAGAAGGAGUUGCUGGUGCAACAGCAUUCCGUGCAGAUGCAGCACUGGUAGUCACCUGGUAUAAUACUGCAUCAGCAGUUGUUGGUCGCUCAGAUAUUGAUGCAGGUCAACUAUCUACCUACCAAGCAAUUUGGCUUACAGAUCAACCUGGUCGAUUGAGCUAUGUAAUUUUAAAUUACGACAAACUUGGAUUUGACGCUGCAGAUUUUCGGAUGAAUUCCAGAAGUGGCCGUUGCCAGGCUUUGUUUAAUGGUGGUAAUCAUACGGGUAGCGUACCGGUAGAUCCAACAUUCAUGUAUAAAAAUACACCGACCGUACUGGCUCAACGUUCAGCUGUGCCACAUGUAGUUCGUGGACGUUAUAUGUUUCGGGUUGAUGAUGUUGUUCGACCUGCUGGUUGUUCCAACAAAACAGGUGGCACAUAUCCUAUGCUCAUUUAUCCAAACAUAGCAAAUAUGUUAGGUGAAACAACAGUAGAUGUGAAUGCUCUAUGCCUGGAUCGAAGUCAAACUUACGUUUUAAUGAUUGAACAACGUCAAACAGCGUCAUGUAUAGUAAUAAAUUCAGCAAUAGCUCGGUGUCAUCUUCCAAAAAUUUAUGAUUGGGGCACGAAAACAGUAUAUUUUCAACCACAAUCAGGAUCAAAUUCAGAAGAGAAAGCAUUUGUUGGCUAUAUUUACUUUGUACCUCCAACAUUAGAUCCAAUGCGUUUGGAUAUAGGGAAUGUAUACGAAUGGUUUAAAAAUCCAAUAGUUCAUCCAGUUAUGCCAGUAUCAUGGUAUCCAAGGAAUUUUACUAAUCCAGAACUCGAUUAUAAAGAUCAUGGCAUUCGGAUAAGUGAUGAUCAGUUAUAUUCUGUUCAACUCGGUCUAUAUGUUAUUGGCUACAGAGAGGCUGCAGAUGAUCAGAUCAAAAAAUUUCGUCCAGAACAUCGAGUGUUAUGUCGCUUAUCUACAUAUUCAAAUAGAAAUUCACCAGAUUAUCGCUGGAAACCUCAAGAAGAAAAAAUCAAUUUGUAUCAGGUUGAAAAAUGGUACCUAACUGAAUGGGAACGCAUGAAUACUCUUUAUUCAUUUCGAUUUGGCUAUUUGAAAUUGGCACCAAUUAUGGCUCAUGAGGAUACUUCACAAUAUUUGACAAUUCUUCCUUCGGGAUUAGUCUCACCACCUAUAUCAAUCCAUUGGUUAUGGACUAUCAGUAAUCCACAAUUUACUACAUCAUCCUAUUCUCAACAAGAUGCUGAAGCUCGGAAACAAUUUGUAUCUAAAAAAGCAAAGGAAAUGUGCCAUGAUUGGUUUGCGGAAGAUGGUGCUCAAUAUAAUUUCAUACGUGACACAGAAACUAAUGCAUCUUGCCCGUGUGUUGAAAGUCAAGCACGUGUAGAUAUUGGUCGUUUUAUGCCUCAUCCACGUUGUUCUCAGGUAUUCCGUGAUAUUACUUGUCAAACAAUGAUUGGUGCAAAAAAUUGUUAUAUGAGUGCCCAAAAUAUUUACGGUUCAUAUGCUGGCAAUGGUCAGGAUUAUGGAAGCGAAAAAACUGCACGCUUUCAAACGCAUUAUGGUCAGGUAUGCUGUUAUGAUGAAGAAGGAAAAUUGAUGCAAACAGCUUAUCAACCUGUAAUCAAAGUAAUUGAAGAGACACCGUAUAAUCCUGGUUUUCCAUUACGUGCCUAUGAAUUUGGUACUGAUCCAUAUAUUGGACAAUUUGAGGUACCAGGUUUAUCUGUAUUUUAUCAUGAUUAUAUGCCAUAUUUCUUUUGCUGUCAAUUUGCACAAUUUCGUUGUCAAUUAUUCUACUGGCGAAGACCAAGCAGUGGAUGCCAACAAUAUCAGCCACCGGCUGUUGGAAAAGCCUUAGGAGGAUUAAGUUUUAAUACUAUCGAUAAUGAUAAGUUUAUCUUUGAUGAGCCGGGAGUUUUCACACUUUUGUACAUACCUAAGACUUUAACAACACCAGAAGUACGAAUUCAAGCAAGACUGGAACGCUAUCCGAACCGAAGAGUUGAUUUUAGUUUGCUUGGACGUUAUAUGGGACAGGCAAACUUGGUACAGCCAACCAAUGCUACUGUUAUUACUGGAAUAGCUAUUGAAGCAACCGGGACUGAUCGCGUAUGCGUGGUAGCACGUAAAGAUACUCGUCGUUUCCGAUAUCGAACGAGCAUUAUUGUUGGCAAUAUUCUUCGUUACUUUGAUGUGAUGAGAAUUCAGAGAUUCCGAGGAGUAAUGGUCUACGUGAACAAUGUAGAACGAGGUCAACCAGAGAUUUAUGUAGUUUUGGAAGAGGCACAAGUAGGAAUUCGCAUUCGGGAGUCUUAUAAUCUUGAUAUAGAUCGCUUACCAAUGUAUCAGGAAAGCAUGGGCUUACUAGACAUUGAACUUAGUGUGCCUCCACAAUAUGGUGUGCGUCCGGAUGGUGAUAAAACUCGAGAACAAGAUCUACGCACAAGAUAUAAUCUUCCACGUGUAUCUGGUUUAAUGCGACCAUUUCCAGAUCAGUCAUCUGCUUCUCAUGCAUCGGGUUUGAGCCUAAAUGAUGUUAAUGCCGAAGGAAUUCGUCAGCAAAUCAUUUCAAAUUAUCUUAUUCCGGGAACAGGUGAGCCAGGUGCAAAUCAAGCCAUGGCUGGUACCCUGAAUCAGAAUAUGCCAACAGAUAAUAUGUUUACAACAAGUUUAGAUAUCGACAAAAAGUUUGAAGUUUUUCCAGAAGUGCACAUAAAGAGUGAACCAAUUUAUAAAACUGCUGCAGAAUAUGAAUCUGGUAUGAAUCGGUUUGUACCAAUGACUGGACAAAUGCUCAAUCAACGUUUGCAAACAUGUCGGGAUCUUCAAAUGAAUGAGCAAACUAAUUGGCAACCAAUUCAGAAUUCAUUACAACAGCAAUAUGGUAUUAAUUAUUGUCCUGAUAAUCCCAGUCAGAUCAUUCAGGAAUGUGGGGACUCUGUUCCAUGUUUAAAUGAUUAUACACUCUUCAAUGCACGUAUACUGGGUAUUGAAGCGCAAAAUAAUUGGAAUUCAUUCACAACAGAACGAAUUCAUGCUUCAAGACAUUAUAACAGUUGUGGACCAAUAAUGAUUGAAUAUCCAGAAUAUUUAAUGAAAACGCCGGCUUUAUCAUCCGGUUAUUUGGAAGGUGAUGUAGCACGCUUUGACUGCUUCCAAACACAUUGGAUCAAAGGCGAUUAUGAAUAUAAAUGUACUGCCAUUUAUGAUCACAACGAUCCACGCAACUACCGUUUUGAAUGGAACAAAGGUUCACAACCAUGGUGUCGUUCACGUGAAAAAGAUAAUUUAUUUAAAUGGCUCACUGCUAUAUUUUUGACUAUUGGUAUUAUAAUGACUAUAGUGCUUGUAUUUUUGUGCUGCUGGGCUCUGAAGCAAAAAAAAAGACAAGAAGUAGAAGAGAAAAAUUCAUCACUGUACAAAACACCAGUACGAGGCUCUAUGGUAAGCCGGGAGUGGAGGUCUUCGGAAACUAAGCCAUUUACGAAGACAAGGACAGAUUCAAUGUCAAGUGAAACAAAUGGUAUGUUGCAUAGUAACAAGAAUGAGUUACAGUACCGAGGAAGUGCAGGUACUCAAGCAAUUAAAGUUGCUCCCAAUAUAGAUUCAAAAGUCGUAUAUCGUAAUGAAAAUGACAAAUAUCACUCAUUAGAGAGCAGCAUUCCAUAUCAUGAACAAUAUCGAGAAUCGACUACCAAUUUAUUAAGGAGACCUUCAACUCCAACCAAAACUACUGCUGUUCUUCGGAAUAAUAAGACUGCUUCUAUUGGUACUUACAACUUAUCAGUGCCUAAUUCUCCAGCUCCACCUGUACCAGCACAUUCCGGAGUUAGUAGUGACCAAAUUAAUAAUGACCAUGCACAGCUUUUAGGUCUGAAUACGAGUGUUUAA